AUUGCUGUGCUCAUUGUUAAUCCCUGCAUUAUUUCUAAGUGGAAUUCUUUGUGUCUGCUUGGUGGUACUACUGUGGGGAAUACGGCUCUGGAUACAACAAAGGAAAAAACAGUUGACAACAGCAGGAAAAGAUGGGAAGCGGCCAUUGCUGGUUGCGUUUUUUCACCCAUAUUGCAAUGCAGGUGGUGGAGGGGAGAGAGUCUUGUGGUGUGCCAUAAGAACACUCCAGAAAAAGUACAGAAAUGUAACGUGUGUUGUUUACACUGGUGAUAGACAUGCCACUGGAGAAGAAAUCAUAGAAGGUGCUUUCAGAAGAUUCAAUAUUAAACUAACUUAUCCUGUGAAGUUCGUAUUUCUAGAAAAACGCUACCUUGUGGAAGCUUCUCUUUACCCUCACUUCACUCUGCUGGGACAAAGUUUAGGAUCAGUGUUUCUUGGCUGGGAAGCUCUUCUGAAGUGUGUUCCUGAUAUUUAUAUUGACUCAAUGGGGUAUGCAUUCACGCUUCCCCUCUUUAAAUAUUUAGGAGGUUGUCGCGUUGGAUGCUAUGUCCAUUAUCCCACUAUCAGCACUGAUAUGCUUUCUGUCGUUAGGAGUCAGGAUACCAGGUUUAACAAUGCAGCCUUCAUUACAAACAAUCCUCUUCUCAGCAAAUUUAAACUUGUCUACUACUACUUCUUUGCUUUCAUAUAUGGAUUGGUUGGUUCCUGCAGUGAUGUGAUUAUGGUUAAUUCUUCUUGGACACUAAAUCACAUCCUUUCCCUCUGGAGAGCUGGGGCUUGCACUAGUGUUGUGUAUCCACCAUGUGAUGUUCAGACCUUCAUGGAUAUUCCAUUGGAAGAGGAAAAGAGUACCACUGAACAUUCCAUUGUUUCUGUCAGCCAGUUCAGGCCUGAAAAAGAUCAUCCUUUGCAAAUCAGAGCCUUUGCUAAAUUGCUGAAAGAGAAGAGACUGGGGCAGCCUUUGUCAUUGAAGCUUAUCUUAAUUGGAGGCUGUCGUAAUCAGCAAGAUGAAGAGCGUGUAAAUAACCUUAAACGUCUUUGUGAAGAGCUGGGAGUUCUCAAUGAUGUGACAUUCAGAAUAAACAUUCCCUUUGAGGAGCUAAAGAGACACCUGGCUGAGGCCACCAUCGGCCUGCAUACAAUGUGGAAUGAACACUUCGGGAUCGGAGUAGUUGAAUGUAUGGCAGCUGGCACAGUUAUCUUGGCUCACAGUUCUGGAGGCCCCAAAUUAGAUAUUGUGGUACCCUAUGAAGGACAUAUUACAGGCUUCCUAGCUGAAAACGAGGAUAAUUAUGCUGAGACGAUGGCUUAUAUCCUCUCCUUGUCUCCUGAAAAAAGGUUAGAGAUCAGAGAAAAUGCUCGUCGCUCUGUCCACAGGUUUUCUGACCAGCAUUUUGAAGAGACAUUCCUGUUAUCUGUGGAGCCAUUAUUUAAAUAAAUGUAUAUGAAUAAAAUUAACUUUUUAUAUUUGACUGUGUGUCACCUGUGAAUAUAUCUAAUCUAUGAUCCCUUGAUCCAAUUCAAUAAAGAGAUGUUUUCUUUC